GCGGCGGGCCCGACCGGCCGCGACUCGGGGCUCGGCCCCGGCCCUAGCUCGUCGGCGGUGUUCUGGGGCGCGCGGAGGCUGCAGUCACGGUGGGGCCCGCGGGCACGGAGGUGGGAAUGAGUGAAGAGGAGCAGGGCUCCGGCACCACCACGGGCUGCGGGCUGCCCAGUAUAGAGCAAAUGCUGGCAGCCAACCCGGGCAAGACCCCGAUCAGCCUUCUGCAGGAGUAUGGGACCAGAAUAGGGAAGACGCCCGUGUACGACCUUCUCAAAGCCGAGGGCCAAGCCCACCAGCCUAAUUUCACCUUCCGGGUCACCGUUGGCGACACCAGCUGCACUGGUCAGGGCCCCAGCAAGAAGGCAGCCAAGCACAAGGCAGCUGAGGUGGCCCUCAAACACCUCAAAGGGGGGAGCAUGCUGGAGCCGGCCCUGGAGGACAGCAGUUCUUUUUCUCCCCUAGACUCUUCACGGCCUGAGGAUAUUCCAGUUUUUACUGCUGCAGCGGCUGCUACUCCUGUUCCAUCUGCUGUUCCAACCAGGAGCACCCCCAUGGAGGCGCAGCCCCCCGUCUCCCCUCAGCAGUCUGAGUGCAAUCCUGUUGGCGCCCUGCAGGAGCUGGUGGUGCAGAAGGGCUGGCGGUUGCCUGAGUACACGGUGACCCAGGAGUCCGGGCCGGCGCACCGCAAAGAGUUUACCAUGACCUGUCGCGUGGAGCGUUUCAUUGAGAUCGGCAGCGGCACUUCCAAAAAGCUGGCGAAGCGGAACGCAGCGGCCAAGAUGCUCCUUCGGGUGCACACGGUGCCCCUGGAUGCCCGGGAUGGCACCGAGGCAGAGCCCGAUGACGAUCACUUCUCCAUCGGUGUGGGCUCCCGCCUCGAUGGACUUCGGAACCGGGGCCCGGGCUGCACCUGGGAUUCUCUGCGAAAUUCCGUGGGAGAGAAGAUCUUGUCCCUGCGCAGCUGCUCCCUGGGCGCCUUGGGUGCCCUGGGCCCUGCCUGCUGCAGUGUCCUCAGCGAGCUGUCCGAGGAGCAGGCCUUCCACGUCAGCUACCUGGAUAUCGAGGAGUUGAGCCUGAGUGGGCUGUGCCAGUGCCUGGUGGAGCUGUCCACGCAGCCGGCCACCGUGUGUCACGGCUCCGCGACCACCCGGGAGGCGGCCCGUGGGGAGGCUGCUCGGCGCGCCCUGCAGUACCUCAAGAUCAUGGCGGGCAGCAAGUAGAGCCCCCUGGCCUCCCCCGGCUCCCCACAGCCUCCACCCGGGCCGGCCUGUACCUCCGACACGGACUGCCUGCCUGCCGGGAGCCAGGGCCCACGGGGCCUCGCUGGCCCGAGAUCCGCCCCUGUCCCGCGGCGGGUGGGAAUGAGGGGGGGCGUCCCCUGGAGCCCAGAAUAAACGCGCUGCCUCUGGGCUUCUGCCCGUUG